GGGAAAUGUGAUCCUUCAGGGGCAGGUUGGGAUGGGGGAUUGCCUCGAGGGGCCCCCAGAUGCUCCCUCUCCCUUGAAGGCUUUGCAGCAUCAGUGUGGCAUUGUCCCUGUGCCACCACAUCCCCCUGGAGCCUGGAGUGGCUGCCUGGGCAGAGCAGUGACAGCAGCCAGGAGCCUCCAAAAACCCCUCCUGCAGCUUGCUCUGGUUCCCUUAUCGCUCAGCACACCCUUCCCCUUCGAGAUUUCUGCUCUCGCCUCCUGCCCCGCAGCAGGAAGGAGCUGCAGCUGCGCCGGGAGCUGCUCCGAGGGCUCGGCCGAGGGUGCUGCAAGAGCUCUGUCUCAGACCCCUCUGCAGGGAGCAUCGAGCCACAGAGCCCAAGCUUGGAUUAAGGAACGGAGAAGGGAAGGAAGCAUGUUCCAGGCGGCGGGAGCAGCCAGCCCAGCCCCAGCUCAUGAGGCCAAGAACAGCUCAGGAGGCAGCACAGUGCAGCGCUCCAAGUCCUUCAGCCUGAAGGCGCAGGUGAAGGAAAUCUGCACUGCCUGCCAGAAAACCGUGUACCCCAUGGAGCGGCUGGUGGCCGACAAAUCCGUCUUCCACAGUUCCUGCUUCUGCUGCAAGCACUGCCACACCAAGCUCAGCCUGGGCAGCUACGCCGCGCUGCACGGCGAGUUCUACUGCAAGCCCCACUUCCAGCAGCUCUUCAAGAGUAAAGGAAACUACGACGAGGGCUUUGGGCGCAAGCAGCACAAGGAGCUGUGGGUGCACAAGGAGGUGGAGAGUGGCACCAAGUCGGCGUGAGAGGGGCAGCCCCAGCUCCUGGAGCUGAGCUGGGGUGAGCUGAGCUGAUGUGAACAGGACCUGUGCGAGGGCAGAGGGGAGAGGGGAGAGCCCCUCUUUGGGGGAGCUCAGAGGGGUCCGGCAGGCCCAGGGCAGGGCAGAGGGGACCAGGCUGCAGCCCCCAGACCCAAAGCCCUCUCUCUGCAGGCCCCUGUCCCAGUGAGAUCAGAGCAGAAGCAGCUGCCCCCCUGUCCCCAUGGCAAAGGAGAGGAGCUGGGGGCUCAUCCAGCCUGGGAGUCCCUGCAGAGCUCCCAGCUCCAACCCUGGUCCUUGGUCCUUGGUUUACAUCAGCUCAGCUCAGCUGGGAUGGUUCAGCCUUAAGGAUGUUGCCCUGCCAUGGUUUGACAGUGUCUCUUUUUUAUAUUUGCCUUCUUCUGGUACGUUCUGCGCUGGAGCCUCGCGGCAGCUCCACACGCGCUCCUUUAUUUUUGUAAUACAAGGUUUCCGAGCCUUC